GUGUGUGUGUGUGUGUGUGUGUGUUUGUGGGUGCAGGGCUGUUUUAGGGGGGUGAGGUGAGUCGUGCUCAACCCCCCCACACACUAAUCAAUCCGGACCCCUGGCGUUGUCGUCGGCGACCGUCGGCGUACGGAUAGAAUGUUCAGGGUGGGAGCUCGCCAGCCCAGCCACGGGAAAACGGUGCAGCCGCGUCACAGAGUGUGUGCGCUUGCGAGUGUGUGUGUGAGAGCCACGGGGAGUGAACAUGCCCCACUCGCGGCGAGUGCAGCCCGAGCGCUCGCCGCCGUUCGCGACAGGCAGCCGUUAGCGGGAGCGAGGGAGAGGGCGGGGAGUGCUCAGAGGGAGGAGAGGUGGAAGAAAGGAGGAGAGAGGAGCAGAGGAGGAGAAGAGGGAUAGGAAGAGAGGGAGUGAGCCGCUUUCACCUGACGGCCCUGGCCGGUUCGGGAAUAUCGAGGAGACCCGCGCAUGCAUGCAUGCUGCCGCCUUCUCGCGGGACCAUGUCGUUGACCACCGGAUUUGGCUACCAGUUGCCGGGCAUCACCACGGUAACCUAUGUUUUUGUUUACAGCCCAGGGACUGUCCAGCGGGACCCCAGCCCUCCUCCCGCGGGGCCCUCGCACACACUCUCAGGAGCCCGGGGCCCCAAACGGAAACUCUACAGCGCCGUGCCGGGGCGCACCUUCAUCGUGGUCAAACCGUACUCACCGCAGGGAGAGGGAGAGAUCCAGCUGAACCGCGGAGAGAGGGUCAAAGUGUUAAGUAUAGGAGAAGGGGGUUUCUGGGAAGGGACGGUGAAAGGAAGAACCGGGUGGUUUCCUGCAGACUGUGUGGAGGAGGUACAGAUGAGACAGUUUGAUCCACGACUUGAGACGAGAGAGGACCGAAACAAGAGGCUGUUCAGACAUUACACUGUGGGCUCCUAUGACAACUUUACCUCAUAUAGUGAUUACAUCAUCGAGGAGAAGAACGCUGUGCUCCAGAAGAAAGAGAAUGAGGGAUUCGGCUUCGUCUUGCGAGGAGCAAAAGCGGAGACACCCAUUGAAGAGUUUACACCUACACCUGCCUUUCCUGCACUGCAGUACCUGGAGUCUGUGGAUGUUGAGGGCGUGGCCUGGAGGGCGGGGCUAAGGACUGGUGACUUCCUCAUUGAGGUGAAUGGUGUAAACGUGGUAAAAGUGGGACACAAGCAGGUGGUGUCACUCAUCCGGCAGGGCGGGAAUAACCUCUUGAUGAAGGUGGUGUCAGUCACACGCAAGCCAGAGUCUGAGGAGUCAGUCAGGAAGAAGGCGCCCCCACCUCCAAAAAGAGCGCCCAACACCACCCUCACCCUGAGGUCCAAAAGCAUGACCGCUGAGCUUGAAGAACUAGCCUCUGCAAGGAGGAGAAGAGGAGAAAGGCUAGAUGAGAUUUUGGCCUCUCAGGAGACAGUACUGAGGCCAAAGGUAGAAGCAGACUACAGAGCAGCCACGGUGAAGCAACGUCCUACCAGUCGCCGAAUUACACCAGCAGAAAUCAGUUCUCUUUUUGAGCGGCAAGGACUUGCUCUUCAUGGUGCUCUACACCCAGCGUUGGAAAAAGCCCACAUGCAGCUGCCGAAAAGCAUGGCUAGAACAAAGUCUUUUGGAGCAACUGAAGAGGAUCGACUGUCUGCCCUGGCAGCGGAACACAGGUUUCCGCGGAGCUCCUCCAUGACGGACAGCCUGAGAGACAGCCAUAGUAUCCCUCCACCUCCUCAAACAGCUCCCCCACCUCCCCCAUCGCUUUACUAUCUAGAUACUGGACCCCCUCCUUCGUUCUGCCCACCCCCUCCCCCUGGCCGCAUUCACGACCCCAGCCGUUCCAGUUUCAAACCAGGCUCUGAACCAAGACUGCACGUUUUGCCACAGACAAUGUCUGCUGAGCUGUUUGAGCCACCUCGCCAUGCCUCCCACAUGGAUCGGCAGAAAAAAGCCCGCUCCAUGAUCAUCCUACAGGACUCCUCCCACCUUCCCGUGGAGCCUACUGACAUCCCCAGGCCAGGUGCUGUUUCAACUCCACCUGAAAGGAUCAAGCGGAAAGGUCGAGUCAUUGAUAACCCCUAUGCCAAUGUCGGCCAGUUCAGCGUGGGCCUGUUCACACCGAGCAAGCCACAGCGGAGGAAGAGCCCACUUAUAAAGCAACUGCAGGUGGAAGAUGCUCAGGAGAGAGCCUCGCUAGCACUGGCAUCCAUCCAUGCGAGAGAGCACUCUCCCUCUGGGCGCCUAGCUGCCCACCAUACAAGCAGGGCUGAUUUCUAUCAGCAGCAGCAGCAGCUGUUGCAGGCACGCAGUCAAGCUCAGGCUGAGGGACUGUUGCAAGGAAAGGGACCUUUCGCUGCUGCCAUUGCUGAUGCUGUGAAAGACCGGGAACGUCGUCUGGAGGAGAGGCGGAAAUCCACAGUCUUCCUAUCAGUGGGCACUAUGGAGGGCAGUUCGGCAUCACCCCCAGAGGCCCCCUCGCUCACACCAUCCCAUUCGGUUGAUGAACGAAUGCUCACACGUGAACUUGGUCAGUUGCCUCCUCCUGCCUUGGCGUUGCGUCCCUCUCCUGGGGGCACCACCUUCAUUCACCCACUGACGGGCAAGCCCUUGGACCCCAACUCUCCAUUGGCACUUGCGCUGGCCGCAAGGGAACGGGCAUUAACCUCCCAGAGUCAGUCCCCUUCAAGCAGCCCUGAGCCCAGAACUAAACAUGAAGCUGCUGGAGGGGUGCUAUACAUGGAGACCCAGACCAAAGAGGCUGAUCGGUCAGAGGGUGAGUUUGCCUCACCUCCCUUUUCCCCUGCAACGAAAAGAAUUUACGAGACCUCUGCCCCCACCAGCAGGAUUCAGUGGGGAAGUCCCAUAUCCACUAGGAAAGAGUUAGAAACAAGGACAGAAAUGAAGGAGGAAAGGAAAAUUGAGGACAAGAAGAGUAUGAUCAUCAGCAUCAUGGACACAUCCCAGCAGAAAACUGCUGGACUUAUCAUGGUUCAUGCAACGAGUAAUGGGGAGGCAGUGAGGCCCAGCCCAGAGCACAGUGUUCCCUCUCCUAAAAGGGCAUUGUCAGAGAGCCCGAAACCCAUGUUGGCCGAAAUAAAACGUGCCAAGUCCCCUGGUCCCGAUGCUCCUUUGAGAUCCACCCCACCUCCAGCCACAGCUCCAACUUCCCAGCCACCUCCCAGUCCAUCCUCAGAUAAAACCCUGGCACAGGGUAGUUCUGAGGAGGACGUGGAACCCUAUACGGUCACAUUGCCACCUGCCAUGCUGUCUUCCAGUGAUGAGGAGACACGUGAGGAGCUCCGUAAAAUCGGUGUGGUUCCUCCACCGAAUGAAUUUGCCAAUGGCCUCCUUGGAAAGACACCUGAAACUGCAGUACCUCGUGCUCCUACGUUGGCGCAGACAACCACUUCUGCCCUGCCCUCAGCUCCACCCCCUCCCCCCACCACUCCAGCAGCAGUUGCCUCAGCAGCACAGGUCCCCGCUAGCAGUGGCCCGCAAGCAGCCUCAGGGAAGCCAUCUGAGUCCCACCUGGGCCCAGAGUCUGCUGCUGACUCCGGGGUGGAAGAGGUAGACACUCGUAGCUCCAGUGAUCACCACCUAGAGACCACGAGCACCAUCUCCACUGUCUCCAGUAUGUCCACACUGUCCUCGGAAAGCGGCGAGCCCACGGACACCUACACCACUCACGCAGAUGGCCAGACGUUCAUUCUUGAUAAGCCGCCAGUGCCUCCAAAGCCAAAGCUCAAGUCCCAGCUCAGCAAGGGCCCGGUGACAUUCAGGGACCCCCUGCUUAAGCAGUCAUCUGAUAGCGAACUGCUCUCACAGCAGCACGCGGCUGCGCUGGCUGCUGCUGCGGGAGCCUCAGGCCCGGCCAGACCCCGCUACCUCUUCCAGAGACGCUCCAAGUUAUGGGGGGACCCCGUGGAACCCUGUCCACUUUCGGGGGCAGAGAAAGGCAAGCCCACUGUGAUCAGUGAGCUCAGCUCACGGCUGCAGCAGCUGAACAAGGACACACGCUCACUUGGGGAAGAGCCGCUUGGAGCUUCACUUGACCCCGGAAGGAAAUCACCCGUGGUCGGUGCAAGACUCUUCAGCAGUUUGGGGGAGCUCCAUACUAUCUCUCAGAGAGGCUACGGCACCACCUACACCAUCAGACCAGGCAGCCGCUACCCAGUGACCCGACGGACACCCAGUCCCGGUUCCCCGGACCGCUCGGAUCCUCUGGGACCCAUCCGGGGCUUCGGCCUGGCCACUUCUCCCAUCACACCCCCCACCAUCCUUAAGUCAUCUAGCCUCAGUCUCCCUCACGAACCUAAAGAAGUGCGUUUUGUCAUGAGGAGCUCCAGUGCGCGGAGUCGUUCUCCCUCGCCCGCCCCCUCCCCGGGCAUGCCCUCCCCCCUGCUCACCCUACGGCCGUUCCACCAGAAACCCCUCCACCUCUGGAACAAGUACGACGUUGGCGACUGGCUGGCCAGCAUUAAUCUGUCUGAACACCGGGAGCGAUUCCAAGAGCAUGAGAUUGAGGGCUCCCAUCUGCCUGCUCUGACCAAGGAGGACUUCGCUGAGCUUGGUGUGACGCGCGUCGGUCACCGCAUGAACAUUGAGCGUGCCCUUAAACAGCUGCUGGAGAGUUGACCACGCGCCUCCCUCUACCUGUAGCUAGUCUCAACACAAUUUUCUUUUCUUUUCUUCUUUAAUUUGCUUGCCUUGUCAUUUUCCAAAGUGUGUAAUUUCUAUGUUAAAAUACUUAUCCUAUCCCACACUUUCAUAAAAAAAACGAAUCACUGGGGUGGUAUUAAAAGAUAUUAUUAAUAUGUACCAUUUAGGUACUAAUAUGUACACUUUUGGUACUAAUUUGUAAGGCAGGGGUAUCUAAUUUUGCUCCUGAAGGGCCACUUUCCUGGAGUUUAGCUUCCACCAGUUUCAACAGACUUGCCUGGAAGUUUCUAGUGAUUCUGUAGACCGUGAUUAGCUGUUUCAGAUGUGUUUAACUAGAACUAGAGCUAAACUCUGUUGACAAGUGGCUCUCCAGGAGCAAGAUUGGGCACCCUGCUUUAAGAUACUAUUAUGCACCCUUUAGGGGUAAAUCAGUGGGUUUGCAAAAAAGCAGUACAUUUUGGAAUCAUUACAGAAAUUUUGGAAACUUUCUAGGAAUUUUGGAAAUUUUCUAGGAAUUUUUGGAAAUUUUACGGAACUUGUAUGCCCCUUUGCAACCUUAUAAAUAUGGUACAAAGGUUUACCUUUUGAAAGGCUACUGCCCCAGUGGCAGCUUUUGUACCUUUUUUAUAGGAGUGCAGUUUAAUAUUCCCCUGAAAACAUUGCUCUGUUCAUUUGACCAUCCCAACCAAUCUGACACACCAACAUUGGCAAUGUUUGUCCAACCAAUGGCAGAUUGGAAACAAUUUAAACAAACAUUUUCACAAUUGCAGCAGAAAUUACACACUUCAGUUUUAAAUAAUCUCACUAUUUCCUAAAUCCAUCAUUAGUGAAGUGGGUGUUGACUCCAUACUGUUUUUGGAGCACUAUCCUAAGCCCCUCCCACAAUACUGCCAGCACCCAAUCACAGGGGUGCUGUGUGUUUAUGAGGGGCUGUGAAUUUAGUGAUCGAAUUGGCUUUGUUCACACUGCACAUAAAAAAUCUGAUUUUUUUUUUUUAUCCACAAUUGUGUCAUGGUGCUGAACUCAUGAUGCAUUAAAGUAUGCAUUUAAUGCAUUUAUGCAAAUACUGAAACCGCUCAUUGAUUCAUCUCAUUUACUAUUAAUUGAAUAGUUUGCUAUAUGGGGAAAAAGUGAGAGAAAAUUUGUGUAUUUGCAAAGUAAAUCUCAUCCGUAAUUAGUAAAAACUACUUGAAAUCCAAUUUGAUGGUUCACACUGCAUUUUAAUCUGAUUUCAAACCACCUAUAGUACAAAUGUGGUUUUAAACUGUGUUUUUUUUUUUUGGUGUCCAAACUACAAAAAUACAACAAAAACUGUUUUUUUUGCUGUCUGUCUGAACAAACCCUAUUCAAAAUAUCCCGUAAUUGAUUCUUCAGUUUCAUUAGCAUGAUAAACACCCACUAAUCCCUUAGUCCCAAAUCCAGUUUUUCUACUUUACUAUCCGCUGUCAUUCAUUUCAGAAAAAGGAGGGAUGCUGUUGAGAAAAGGAAGUUCAGUUGCCUUUCAGAGUAUUUUUUUAGGAGUGGAUGAGCAGAGUGGGCGUGGCCAGAUCCUCUCUGUUUACCGCCUGCCCCCUUCUGGCUGAGGGACGUACUACACUCGGAGAAUGUUUAACCAACACUAGUGGCUUUUUCAUAAUCAGACUCUUACCUUUGGGUUACCAAAGGAACUAUGACAUUAGAUAGAAUAUCUCAAUGUAUUUAAAUAGCUUUGAAAAUGGAGAGAGACAGCAAACAACAGGACGGACCGUGCAAAACUGCACCUGUCUCUCUCCCUAGAUGAUUUAUUCCACCAAUAAUUUACCCAUUUUUACCAAUUAUAUACAUAUAUAUUUGACAGAAAAAA